GCCGCGGUGACGGGCGGCCGCGGGGGCCAAUGGCGCGCGGGACACGUGCGCGCGGCGGCCAACGGCGGGCGGCGCUGCCAGCGGCUCUCGUUGUGCGCUGCGGAGCUCGGUCGCCUCCCGCUGCAACGGGCCCCGCCGCAGAUACAUUAUAAGAUGUCAAAUGGUUAUGAGGAUCACAUGGCUGAAGAUUGCAGGGACGAUAUUGGGAGAACAAAUUUAAUUGUGAACUACCUCCCUCAGAACAUGACGCAGGAUGAGCUACGGAGUCUGUUCAGCAGCAUCGGCGAAGUCGAAUCUGCAAAGCUUAUUCGGGACAAAGUUGCAGGACACAGCUUAGGCUACGGCUUUGUCAACUAUGUCACUGCGAAAGAUGCGGAAAGAGCAAUAAAUACACUGAACGGCCUCAGACUUCAGUCAAAAACUAUCAAGGUUUCCUAUGCUCGCCCAAGCUCUGAAGUUAUCAAGGAUGCUAAUUUAUAUAUUAGUGGACUACCAAGGUCAAUGACACAGAAAGAUGUAGAAGAUAUGUUUUCACGUUUUGGACGCAUCAUCAACUCGCGCGUGCUUGUGGAUCAAACUACAGGUUUGUCCAGAGGGGUCGCAUUUAUCCGGUUUGACAAAAGGUCAGAAGCAGAAGAGGCAAUUACAAAUUUCAAUGGUCACAAACCCCCAGGUUCCUCCGAACCCAUUACAGUGAAGUUUGCAGCCAAUCCUAACCAGAACAAAAAUGUGGCCCUGUUGUCGCAGCUGUGUCAUUCACCAGCUAGACGGUUCGGAGGGCCGGUGCACCACCAGGCGCAAAGAUUCAGGUUCUCUCCUAUGGGUGUAGAUCACAUGAGUGGGCUUUCUGGUGUAAAUGUUCCAGGAAACGCAUCUUCUGGCUGGUGUAUCUUCAUCUACAACCUUGGUCAAGAUGCUGAUGAGGGAAUCCUAUGGCAGAUGUUUGGCCCCUUUGGUGCGGUUACCAAUGUGAAAGUUAUUCGAGAUUUCAACACCAACAAGUGCAAAGGGUUUGGUUUUGUGACCAUGACAAACUAUGAAGAAGCUGCAAUGGCCAUAGCGAGUCUUAACGGCUACCGCCUGGGGGACAAAAUCUUACAGGUUUCCUUCAAAACCAACAAGUCUCACAAAUAACUUGCUCGUGCUUUUUGUAUGGAAUAGAUAAUGGAGUGACAGAAGUUGAAACAUUUUUGUUAGUGUAAAACUCAUUUUGCGCCAAUUUUCACAAGUGUUUGUCUUUAGUCUAAAUGAGAAGUGGAAAAGGUUUUAUAUUCUGGGAUGCAACUGACAUGUUCAAAUGUUUGAAAUCCCACAAUGUUAGACCAAUUUUAAGUUCCUUUAAGUUAUUUCAUUGAAACCAUAUUAAAAAUCCCCUGAAAUCUCAAGCAGAUUGAAUUAACCAGACCCUCUGGAUGGUGGUAAAAUUGAAGCAUGCUUUCACUUAUGAGACUCGCAUUUGUUCCAUUGAAUGUUGUCUGCAAAAACUGGAAUUUGCUGAAAAAUAUCAGGCUGAGUUAAUGAAUUUUCUUGGGUUUUUUUUGUUGUUGUUUUUCCUCCCCUAACCUUCUCUACCCCAGCCUUGGUAGUAUGGAAGAAAAAUUGAGAAAUACUAAUGUUUUAGUUGCCAGUGAAUUGUUUGCUCAGUUAAUACUCACUAUUACAUUUAUAGUUGAGGAUGAGGCUUUCUAAAGGCAAGGUCUUGUAAGUAGUAGCAUGCCGGCAUAACUUUUAACACCAUUGAGGAGGUAAGUUAAGCUGCACGCCAAGCUGUCAAAUUGGGAGGUUUUAGAACAUUACUUUUAAAGCCCACUUUUGAAUAGGAACGGACCAAAGAGUUUCAAAGAAACUCCAGGAAGAUUUCAGUGUCAAAAUGAAACUCCAAAAAGAGAGCGUGAAUACGUGUCACUACUUUCUCAAAACGAAUCUCUUCUGUCCAAAUAUUUAAUGCAUGGUGCACUACUUACUGGUACAUUAUAACACGGCAAGAUACUUACUCAUUGUCAAAGAUACUUCUAGUUUGGAUUCCUCUGGUAGCUCUGUUUUGUAAAGACAAACCAGUUAUAAACAUUUGAGCAUUGUAUUUCUCGCAUCCCUUCUAAUGAGUGCUAGAUUUUUCUAUUUUAAUAGGAUUUUGUUUUGACAUCUAGCUUUACUUAUGGAACACUCAGCAGAAAAGUACUUACUCCUUGCAAGUUAGAUAUUAACAGAAACCCCCUUUGAUUUGUAGAUUUAAAGAUGAAUCCCCCAAGUUUUCUGCAGACUGCCUUGAAACUUUGAGUUGUUCUGUUUCUGUUAAUUUUCUUUUGCUUUUUUGUGUUUUUUGUUUGUUUUUACUUUUGCAUUUAAGAACAUUAAAUUUGAUUUUGUUUUGCUCAAAUUUUGUUUUGUUUUUUAUUUUCUGUUAUUUUUUUGCUAAUUAUUUGCACACAGUGUCCAGCUUUCGGAGUGUUGCUUUUAGAACUGCAGUUCCUCUUUAGGCGCUCUCAGUCGCUCCUUUGACAGAUGAGUCCAAGAAUAAGGGUUGAACCAAGAGCACUACAGUAAAUCUGUCACAGAGAAGCUGUUGCACAGCGGUUGUAGCCCUGCAGGUGUUCCUUGGUAGGAAACCCAACAAGGAUUUCUCCGCCAGGUGAAGGCAACAUGUGGAUACUGUGCACAACCAGAGACUGACGCAGACAGCGCCCAGGUCCAGUGUUUGUGUUCAGUUGCCUCGAGGCAGAGCAAGGGUGGAAGAGGGCAGAGUGGCAGUUUUGUUGUCUCCUUUUCAUAGGUGAAACUCUCAGUCCCAAAGUUUCUUUUCCAACAGCAGAGGUUGUUCCAUGCUGCCUGCUUGUCUUGCUCUUGCCUUGUGUUUGCAGUAGUUUCUCCUUGUCCUGCAAUGAGGUCUGUGGCCUUGCACAGCCUGGAGGUGUCUGCAUCGGUGUCCCUGCGGCUGCGGCACGGCAGUACUGCCUGCUCGUCUCCAUCCAUCACCUUCAGCCCUGCCUGGGAAAUGCCAUCGCGGGUGUUCCUGGAGCUGCUUAUGGCAUACAAAAAGCUGUGUAGCUAAGCCUUGGCACAGCGAGCAGCCUCCCAGUGUUCUUCAGCUCGUGUGCCAUGAAUGGCAGUGAGAUUUUUGCUAUGAAGACACACAGCCUUGCCUUUCCCGCCUGUCCUCUUCAUUCUGGCGUCUUGUGAGAAGCACAGUGGUCUAUAAAACAGUGGCUGUGACAAAGCAACCAACCAACUCCCACCCCACAAAGUGUGUGUUCCCACUGUCUGUUCCAGAGUCUAUUCCAGGUUUCUCCAUCGUUUUCUCAUCAUUUAUCACCUCAAUUAGUACUUCUUUUCUGUGCAGAAGGAGAGGUUCAGAAGCAUUCAGGGGAUUUCUCGCAAAUUAAACCUGUAGAGAAGUCCUUUCACUGUGUCCCGUCACCUCAUAACCUCGCGCUGUCCUGCUGCACAGGAGUGGGUCUGCAGUUAUUUCCAGUUUCCCAUUAUUCUCUCUUACCUUAUUUCAUACAAGAUUAAUUUUCGCGCUGAAUGGGGGUUGCUAUUUUAUCACAGCACUUAGGUAGAGUUCAGACUUGUGACAAAUGACACCCUAUAGAUAUAACUUUGCAUCCAUAGUCAUUCCGAGUGUGCUGGCCCUGGCAGCCAGCUCAGCAGCACACUGGGGGAGUUCUCCAGCUGCCAGUCCUAAAACUCUUCCUGGAGGCUCUUUGGCAUCAUUGUCAUCUGACUGCUUCCCUAUUUUUUCACUCUUAUUCUUUGCUAAAUAAAAAGGCAAUGCAGGAUAUUGUUUCUCUUUUAGGUAACAUCUGAUCCAGGCUUCCUUUGAUAGUUGCUCUGAAAACAGUUGCUGAGCAAUUUCUGUGCCCAAGGCACUGCUGCUUGAGUUGGGCAAAGUCCUGCUCAGGUACUGAGAGCUGCCACCAGAACUGCGUGGUCUGCACCAUUCUAACAUUUGAUAAGUGCAUGGCAUAAUGAGCUUAUGUCAAGAAGAGGUGGUGAAGAUACUCUUUAUGCUUUUGGUCCUAAACAACAGCCCGUGCAUCCAGCUAGUAAAGUCCAAAGGGAAACUUCUGGAAGUGGAAACUAAAUUCUGACAAGAAGUAAUCCACCAACAGCUUUUCUACCCAAAAGGAAUCAGCAGUUGCUUUCCACCCCGUGUCAUCCUGCAUUCCCUCCUUUGGAGCUCUCCCUUGGGUGUUCCUGUUUCAGGAGGGGUUUGGGUUUUCAAUCCUCCGGGAGUUUAGAACAACUGUGGAUGUGUUCUGCUUUUUCAUCCUUUAAUUAGAGAAAAGAGAGAUGUUUCUGUCAGAUGAUGCUCUCUCUGCCUCUAUGCUAAUGGGAUCUUUGUAAACCAAAGGCUGUCCUCAAACCAGAGGUGUCUCCUGUCUCUGCUGAGACUCAGCAAGCUAAGUGGGGUAAGACUUGAAAGUCUUGGUUAUUGGAUUAGAAUGGGAUCAUGAUCAGAUUUUCAAGACCUGGAUUUCAUGAUCCACACUGGAGAUGUGCCGUAGGGAGAAGCUGU